AUGGCAAGCCGCGCUGUAGGACUGGCUUUCCCGAAUUUCUCAGAUCCGAGAUUCGGCUCGGCGAUCCUGCAUUCCGGUUUGCGCAUAAUUUGCAUCGAUAAUUCAAACUUCCAGAUCGACAAGGAUCAGCUACGCUUCUUCCAGGACAUGGUUGCGACGGGGCAUCUUUUUGUACUGCUGAUGCACAUUCCAAUCUUUUUUCCUGGUGUUACGUUGGGGCCGGAAGAUGUCAUGGGCCACCCGAGAUGGAGCACCGCAUUUGACCGGAAUGCGGAGAUCGAAAGUCGUCUAAAGUGGCCCAAACAGGCAAGCCAAAGCACUUUCGAGUUCAUCGAGGCGGUCCAAGCUGCAGACCGGCUUGUGGCAAUUCUCACGGGACACACGCACCAAGAUGCUGUCGUGCCCGUGCCUUGUCCCAGGGCUGCGACCUGCAUGCCGAGCAGGCCCAGGCAGUUCACGACCCGUGCGAACUUUCAGGGGGGAGCUCGCCUGAUAUUCAUCCGUUCGACAGAAGGCGCACAGGUCGCAGAGGGCAUUUCGCCGGAUCUGCUUUUCAACUCCUCCAAACUUGCAUGUGCACUUGUUUCCCUGGGAUGUGUUGGAGCGUACGUUUUAGUCACGCGGCCUCGCAAAGCCACUGGGUUCGAAGCAAGAGACAUGUCCGACAUCGCCGAGCAAGGAGCAGGCAGAGGGCAGUAA